AUGUUUUUAUCUAUCUAUCUAUCUAUCUAUCUAUCUAUCUAUCAAACUGUCAUCAAUAAAGAUGCCAGGCAUGGAACUGACAACCAACUUUGGAGCUGUGUAGCUGUGGAUAUUUCCAAGAAAGCCUGUGCUCUCACCAAAAUGAAUGCAGACUUGUAUCAGAUGAAUGAUCGGAUCACAGUUCUUGAACAUGACAUUAACGGAGAUUUGGAAGCAUUACAGAUGUUAUCUCCCUUUGAUUUUAUCGUCACUAACCCACCCUAUAUCUCAAAUGGUGAAAUGGAAUCCUUACAACCAGAAGUGAUCAGGUAUGAAGAUCACAGAGCUUUGUUUGGUGGGAAAGAUGGAUUGGAUAUAAUCAAAGCCAUCCUCAAAACAGUGAAUUAUUUGAUACCUGUUCAUAGUUCCAUUUGGCUGGAGGUUAGUGUGGAUCAUGUGUUAGAACUUUAUAAGAAGGGACAGAUUUUGCCAUUUUAUUCGAGUGAAAAAGGGCAACUUUUGGAGUCCAAGCUGCUAAAUACUAGAGAUGAUGGGAAUUUCUAUCUUAACAGACUUAUAGCCUAA